AUGUUCGCCAUCCCAGCUCCACCAGUUCGGAAACAACUGAAACCAGUCAUUUCCAAAGAGGAGUACGUUGGUAUGAAAAGAAAACUCCGUAGCUUCAACAACUUCAAGAGGCAUCCGAGAGCAUCUCGCCCAGAACUCAAGGUUUUUCUGAUGGCCGUAGAACUGCUCUACAGUACGACCGACAAAUUUCGACAGAUGCCAGCUACUCAGAAUAACAUGGACCACAUCAGAGGCCUGAUAGCAAAAUCGAACGAAUUCGAGGAUAUCUUGAUUCGAGUGGUUUUGAGAGGAGAAAAGUUGGAUGACGUUUUGAAGAAGAACUAUCCCAAAUAA